CUUCACACCAGGACUAAACAGUUGAUACUUUAAACUGACUAAAAUGUUGAAGUAUUUUGGUCUACUGUUAGUAGUAGGCAGCGUCUGGUGUGGUAAUCUUGUUGAGGUGUUACAAGCUGAUGGAGAGAGUAAACUCAUUAAAUAUGUCACAGCUGCUGGACUGGCCGAUGCUAUACUUGCAGGAACAUACACAAUCUUUGCCCCAACUGAUGCUGCAUUUGAUGCCAUUGGAACUGAAGCAGAACUUCUUAAGGACACAACAGCUUUAGGAAAUAUUCUAAAGUACCAUGUAGUGAAAGGUACAAUACCAAGCUCAGCAGCUAAAAACGAACUUCAGCUAGAAACACUUGCGGGAACAAAAAUAAGAUUCAACGUUUACUCACAUAAUCAUGCCGUCACAGUUGAGGGUUCAAAAAUUACAAAAUUUGACCUAUCUGCAUCCAAUGGAGUAGUUCAUGUCAUCAACAAGGUUAUGAUGCCCCCAACUGGAAACAUAGUAGAUUUGGUUGUCGGAAACAACGAUCUCAGUACAUUGUUGACUCAGGUUCAAAAUGCUGGUCUCGCUGAUGCACUGAAAGGUGAUGCACUGACAGUAUUCGCGCCAACGAAUGCUGCCUUUGCUAGUCUUGGUCCAUCAAUUCUUGCGAAGUUAGCAUCAAAUAAAGAUCUUCUUACAGAAAUACUAGAGUACCAUGUAGUACCUCAUACAGAAUACUCAGCAGGUCUGUACAACAGAGAAUCUUUACAAACAAUUGAUAGACACCAUGACCGUAUCCGAAUUCACACUCGAAGUGAUGGAAGAGUCAUUGUGAAUUCAUCAAAAGUGACAAAGGCCGACAUUUCAGCAACAAAUGGUGUCGUUCAUGUUAUAGACCAUGUACUCAUUCCAUUCAGAUAUCGACUUCAAUUUGGCUUUGGAAAGUAGAAAAACCAAAACUUCUUGAUAAUUUAAAUAUUUAUGAAUUAUUGUUAAAAGUAAUUGUAAAUGUAUUGUUCAGACUGGUUUCGCAUGUAGAAACAACACAUCUUUUAUUGUGUUCAUUGUUGUUGUUAUGUUGGUUAUAUAUAAAUAGAUAUAAACUUA